AUGUACUCCAGUCAGUCAGAGCCUAUUGCGAUAGUUGGAAGCGGAUGCCGUUUCCCUGGGGGCUCGUUGUCGCCCUCGAAGUUGUGGCAGCUUCUCAGAGAGCCUCGAGAUGUCAGCAGAGAAAUCCCCGACGAUCGAUUCAGCACCCAGGGUUACUACCACCCAGAUGGAUCCCAUCAUGGUACAACCCAUACUACCCGGUCAUAUCUGCUGGAUGAUGUUCGACAGUUCGACCCGCAGUUUUUCAAUAUACAGCCUGCCGAAGCGGAAGCGAUCGAUCCGCAGCAGAGACUGUUGCUAGAAACCGUGUAUGAGAGCAUCGAGUCAGCUGGAAUGACACUAGAAGGGCUCCAGGGCACUCAGGCAGCCGUCUUUGUGGGACUGAUGGGAUGCGACUACUCCGACAUCGUUCUGGGUGAUCUGGAGUGCGCGCCGACCUACACCGGGACUGGAACUGCCAGGAGCAUCCAUUCGAAUCGAAUCUCGUAUUUUUUUGACUGGCACGGACCGUCUAUGACAGUUGAUACGGCUUGUUCCUCCAGUAUGAUGGCCGUUCAUUUAGCGGCACAGGCCCUUCGCAGUGGAGAUGCGCCGGUGGCUGUUGCAGCAGGUGCCAGCUUGAACAUCGGCCCAAAUAAUUACGUGCUUCUGAGCAAUCUCGGCAUGAUUUCCCCGGAUAGUCGAUCCAAGAUGUGGGACGCCGAAGCUAACGGCUAUGCCCGUGGUGAGGGCGUCGGGGUGGUAAUUCUCAAGACCCUUAGUCAAGCGUUGAAAGACGGCGACCACGUUGAAUCUCUCAUCCGAGAGGUCUGUGUCAACCAGGACGGUCGUACGCAGGGAAUUACGAUGCCAAACGAGCUGGCUCAGGCGGCCUUGAUUCGUCAAACCUACCAACGUGCAGGACUAGACCCGACCAAUGCAACAGAUCGCCCGCAAUACUUCGAGGCCCAUGGCACCGGCACUCCUGCAGGCGACCCUAGAGAGGCAGAGGCAAUCUCGAGAACAUUCUUCCCCGAGGGCUGUGGCGCCUCGCAAGAUGAAAUCAUCUAUGUCGGCUCGAUCAAAACCAUCAUCGGCCACACCGAAGGGGCGGCGGGAAUCGCUAGCAUCCUGAAGGCUUCGCUAGCCCUUCAAAAUGGGUAUAUUCCUCCGAACCUUCUUUUCAACCGCCUAAGCUCUAGUGUUGCUCGGUUUACCGAGCAUUUGCAAGUCCCUACAUCUCUGAUCCCCUGGCCCCAAGUGGCCGACGGGGGUGUGAGGAGAGCGAGUGUGAACAGUUUUGGAUUCGGGGGAUCAAAUGGCCAUGCCAUCCUAGAAAGCUUCCAACCGGAAUCAAGAACCACGUCUCAUCCAGGGAAGGGCAAGGUGGUAUUGACCCCAUUCAUCUUUUCCGCUGCGUCGGAGCGCAGCCUAGUCGCUGUUCUCAAAGCAUAUGCGCAGCAUUUAGGCGCAUUGGACGACGUUGACCUGCGCUCGCUUGCCUAUACCCUCCAUUCCCGUCGCUCCGUAUUGCCCUUUCGCGUUGCAAUAUGGGCCAAUAGUCUUCAGGAUUUGCUCUUUAAGAUUGACGAGAGACUCGAUGAUUUCGCCGCCAAGCAGACCCUCUCACUAGGGGUGCGUGCGUUGAGCAAAUCAAAUCGCAAAAUACUCGGGGUUUUUACAGGACAGGGGGCGCAAUGGGCGGGAAUGGGCAAGCAGUUCCUGAUACACCUGCCCUAUGCUCAUCAAAUCAUCUGCGAGUUGGACGCAUCCCUUGCAAGCCUUCCGUUGGAGCAUCGGCCUUCAUGGACACUGCUUGGACAGCUCUUAACCGACCCAGCACCCUCGCGAGUGCAUGAAGCGGCAAUUUCACAGCCUAUUUGUACGGCUGUUCAAGUCUUGCUAGUCUGCCUCUUGCGAUCGGCAGGGGUUCAUUUUGGGGCCGUCGUAGGUCACUCCUCCGGUGAAAUUGGGGCGGCCUAUGCGGCAGGGAUGCUAUCGGCGUCGGAUGCCGUUCGAAUUGCAUACUAUCGAGGCUUUGGAGCUAGCCUUUCUGGUGGGCAAAAUCAAGAAAAAGGAGCCAUGCUCGCGGUCGGUGCCUCCUUGGAAGAGGCCACAGACCUAUGCAAACUUCAUGGGAUCAAAGACCGCGUUACUGUGGCUGCAUGUAACUCGCCCUCGAGUGUGACAUUGUCUGGCGACAUCGACGCCAUCAAAACCGCAAAGCUCGUGCUUGACGAUGAGAGAAAGUUUUCCCGGAUGCUCCGGGUUGACACCGCCUAUCAUUCUCAUCAUAUGAUCCCAUGUGCUGGGCCUUACAUGGAGUUUCUUCGACAAUGUGGGAUCAAGCCUACCAUCCCUGGUCCGACGGCGCCAUCAUGGUACUCAAGCGUAAAUACAAGCACCGAGCCCAUGCAUCUCACCGACAGUUUGGCCAUAGAGUACUGGAAGGACAACAUGGUCCAGCCUGUUCUUUUCAGCCAGGCAGUCGAAACUGCCCUCGCAUCGGCUGGCCCCUUCGACAUUGCUUUGGAGGUCGGUCCACAUCCGGCUCUCCAGGGGCCAUUCAAUCAGAUUAUCGAAGAGGUCUCCAAAAGUAACAUUCCUUACUCGGGGUCUUUGAAGCGUGGCAGUGAUGAUAUUGAAGCUUUUGCGAAUGCCUUGGGUUUCGUCUGGGCACAUCUUGGACUUUCCGCUGUGAACUUCAAAGCAUAUGAGCAGGCCCUGCUCCCCCAAGACGAGGAUGAACUCUUCCUAAAGGACCUGCCGACUUAUCCCUGGAACCACGAGGGAUCGUAUUGGUUUGAGUCACGGAUCACGAGAGUUCAGCGCGAACGGAAAAGGCCGGUGCAUCCACUACUCGGGAUUCAAGCAAGCGAUAAAACCGACAGUGAGGUCAAAUGGCGCAAUUUUCUCAAGAAAAACGAGCUGCCUUGGCUCAAUGAUCACCAGAUCCAGGGCCAGGCUGUCUUUCCGGCUGCAGGCUACGUCUGCAUGGCAUGGGAGGCAGUCAUGGAGGUAUCAGGUGCUCGUCCGACUCGACUAUUUGAAAUUCACAACAUGAGUAUCGGCCGGGCCAUUGUUUUCGACCGAAGCCUCGUUGGCGUUGAAGUUGUCUUCGCACUCUCAAACAUCGCGAGAGACAACGAUGACCCGGGGUUUCUUCGCGCCGACUUCUCGUGCCAUUCAUGCUCGAGUCGUGACAAUAACCUGCUGAUACUCAAUGCCUGUGGGACGAUCACUGUCUUCUAUGGUGAUCCGGGAGCAGACAGUCUUCCUGCGGAAAGCCCUGAGGUUCCAAAUCUGGUCGAUGUAGAUGCUGAUUCUCUCUAUGAUUCUCUCACGGACCUUGGCUAUAGAUACACGGGUCUCUUUAAAAUCAUCGAUUCGUUGAAAAGGAAAAGAAACCACGCAAGGGGUCGGCUGCAGAGGGUGUCAACGAACCUUCUCAUUCACCCAGCGAUUGUCGAUGGCGGCUUACAAGCACUGCUGGCAGCGACAAGCUAUCCAGGUGACGGUGCCCUCUGGUCGCUUCAUAUGCCCGUUACGGUGCGCAAUAUUCGGCUCAAUCCGUACUUUUGCCAUCUUUCUCAGAAUGAAAUGCCUGUCUUUGAGUUCGACGCGAUCGUGUCAGACUUUGGCUCGUUCGGUAGCAAUGGCAGUGUCCAGGUCUAUCCUCCGGGGAGUUCUCAUGCCCUGCUGCAGAUAGAAGGAGCCAAGGCAGUGCCGGUUGCCCCCGCCACCGCCAAAGACGAUCGGAACAUUUUUUCGGAAGUCAUACUUGACCGGCUGAGUCUGGAUGGCGAAUGGAUAUCCGAGGGACAUGUCGCUUCCCCCGAAGAAUACCAUCUUGGUUACUUAUUGGAGCGAAUUGCACACUAUUAUUUACGACAGCUCCAUGAGAGGGUCACAGCACAGGAGAGAGAACAAGCCGAGUUCCAUCAUCAGCGCUUGUUGGUAUUCGCAGAAAAUAUUGUGACAUCUGUUGCCUCCGGUCAGCAUGACUGGGCUAAGCAGGAGUGGGCUCAGGACACCAAAUCUGAUAUCUUGGAGGCCAGUGAGCGGUACUCCCACUUGAUCGAUAUUCGAAUGAUGACCUCUAUUGGAGAGAACCUGCUCUCGGUAGUGCGAGGAGAAUCCACAUACCUUGAGCACAUGGUUCGUGAUAACAUGCUGGAGGAAUUUUACUGUCAUUCAUUGGGAUUUCCGGUGAUGAACAAGUGGCUCGCUCGCAUGGCCAAGCAACUCGUCCACCAAUACCCAUCAAUGAAGAUCCUAGAGAUCGGCGCUGGCACCGGUGGAGCAACCAAAUUGAUUUUCAAGGCCAUCGGGCGCAAAUUCUCUUCCUACACGUACACCGACGUGUCCCCCGCAUACUUCGAUCGCGCUAAGGAGGACUUCCGGGAGUUUACCAGCAAGAUGGAAUACAAAAUCCUGGAUCUGGAGAAGGACAUGUCAGAGCAGGGAUAUACUGAGGGAGAGUUCGACCUGGUUGUUGCAUCCAACGUGCUUCACGCCACAAAGAAUCUAGAACAUACUCUGCGCCGGGUGAGGGGACUCCUUCGUCCAGGAGGGCAUCUUUUGAUGCUGGAAAUCACCAGCACCAGCCCCAUGCGAUUCGGGUUUUUUAUGGGCGGUCUUCCCGGAUGGUGGGUUGGUCAUGAUGAUGGCCGUCAAAUGGCGCCGGUAAUCGAGCCGGUUCGAUGGCAUUCGUUGCUGCGAAAAUCUGGAUUUUCGGGCAUUGAAGCCAUCACUCCAGCUUCGGAUAUUCUCCCAUACCCGAUGUCCGUCAUGGCAGCACAAGCGGACGACUAUCGCAUCCAGUUUCUCCGCGAUCCAGCCUUCGAACCAAUCCCUCAGGCAAGCCCGGGCGCGUUACUGAUUGUAGGAACGGAAAGCCUGGUGACCACUAAGCUAGCUGAGAAGAUUUCGAGGAUCCUCGCAAACAAAUUCGCACACAUCGCGGUCUUUAGCAGCAUUGAAUAUCUUGGACGACCAGGAGUUCGCAUCCCACGGAAUGUCAUCAGCCUAUGUGAUCUAGAUGAACCAACAUUCUUGCACAUGAGCCAGGAAAGAUUGAGCGCGUUGCAGCUGCUCGUAAACAACGCGAAGAAUAUCUUGUGGGUGACUCAGGGCAGCCAGGGAGAAGAGCCAUACAACAACAUGAGCAUUGGGUUCACGCGGUCUCUGAGAUACGAAAUUCCCGAUAUGCGGCUUCAAGUGCUGGAUACCGACAGCAUAAAUACUUUAGAUGCACAGUAUAUCUCGAACUUACUGCUCAUCCUCAGCGCCACAGACAGCUGGGCGCGGCUUGGUGAGAUGGAUGAUGUCCUUUGGGGAAUCGAGCCCGAGAUCCAUCUGAAACAAGGGUCUGCGUACAUUCCUCGCAUCAUCCAGGACCGUCCCCGCAACGAUCGGUACAAUUCAAAGCAACGGCCACUUUCAAAGCAGGUAUGUCCGGGUGAACAGCCAGUCUUUCUAGAUGUGAGCGGUGACUUUUAUGUGUUGCGUGAGUUCGCUCCGAGCUCAAUAUUCACAACAAUGCCAGCCAGUUUGGUGAAAGUCAAAGUGGCCACAGCAACAAUAAACGCCGUCCAAGCAGGAUCAUUUGGUGCUGCAUUUAUUGCGUACGGCACAGUUGAAGCAACCUCAGAGCCGGUGGUUGUAUUCAGCGAUAAAAAUGCCUCGAUACUUGAAGUUCCCGAGAAAUACGUCGUGCGUUAUGAAGUUGAUCCCAGCAAGCAGCAUGUAUUCCUACAGGCGACCAUGCUCGAACUCAUAGCUGAUAAUAUUCUCUCCUUAUGCCAAUCCGACGGAGAUCUUCUUCUGUAUCGGACGCCUGAACCGCUCUCGCCCGUCGUACAGCGUCGAGCAAUCGAAACGGGUCGCCGCGUGUUCGAAGUCACACACGGUCCUGAAAAAGGCACAUCGAUGGUCUCUAUUCAUUUGCGUGCGUUGGAAAGCCACAUUCGAAGCGCUCUUCCAAAGAAUCUUGCAGCCUUUGUGAACUUUUCAGUUGAUACGACCGAGGUCGAUUUUGCACGGCGCGUUUUGUCCAACUUGCGCGUUGAAUGCAGAAUAAUAGGCCCUGACAGGGUCUAUCAACAAGCAGCAAGUUUGGUCUCGGAGUAUGCAGUAGACAAUUUUCACUCGGCCUUGAAAAGGGCAGCUUCGCACGCCGCUGAGAUACUCGACCGCACGCAACUUCCUCCAAUCGAAGUAAUCACACUCCACGAGAGUCUGGAAAUGAGACGGGCAAGCCACAAAUACCAGAUCAUUGACUGGACAGUGGACUCGACCGUCGGUGUUCGAAUUGAAUCUGCAAGCAACCAAGUUGCGCUGCAUCCAGACAAAUCCUACCUUCUCGUAGGUCUCACAGCGGACUUGGGCCAAGCCGUGUGUGAGUGGAUGAUCGAUCAUGGAGCUCGGAGCGUCGUUCUGCUGAGUCGAAACCCACGCGUGGGCCAGCGAUGGCUUGACUUGCAAGCGCGCAAGGGCGCAACGGUAACUGUCUAUUCUGCAGACGUAAGUGACCGGCAAAGCAUCGGCGAAGUUCAUCGCCAAAUUGCUGCAUCGCUUCCAGCGGUUGCGGGAGUCGUCAAUGCAGCAAUGGUCCUUCAAGACUCCAUGUUCUCCAACACGAAUCUUGACAUGCUCCGGGCGGUCAUGGCGCCGAAGGUUGAUGGCAGCCGUUACCUUGAUGAACUCUUCUCCGAUCCUACUCUAGACUUCUUCAUCCUCUUCUCCUCGCUUGCUUGGGCCGGCGGGAACAGUGGCCAGAGCGUUUAUGCAGCUGCCAAUGGGUACCUCGUUGGGCUGGCAGCACAGCGACGAAAUCGGGGGUUGCCAGCAUCGGUGAUUGAUCUCGGCCCAGUCCUUGGUCUAGGAUACAUCACACGGUCGGGUCAAAUAACUGCGGCCGACAUCGAUGCCUCUGGGUCCUACCCAAUUUCGGAAUAUGACCUUCUCGAGCACGUUGCCGAGGCUGUCUUGGCCAGUCCCAUACAAUCAACUGCAAGCUACGAAAUCAUCUCUGGCAUCCGGGAGGUCGACCCAGAAUUGAGUGACCGAGUCAAUUGGAUCAACAAUCCAAAGCUUUCGCACUUCGUGGUGGACAAAGGUGACGUCAAGGCAGACACGGCAGACAAAAGAGCGAUGCCGAUCAAGGACCAGUUGCGAGAAGCGCAAACUGUUGCAGAGCUCCGACAGAUCAUUACAAAUGGAUUCACGGCCCGCCUCUUGCUCCUGUUGCAGCUCCCAGCCAAUAGCAUGAGCACAGAAGUACCUCUCGUGGAGCUUGGGGUGGACUCUCUGGUGGCAGUCGAAGUGCGUUCGUGGUUUUUGAAAAAUGUCAGUGUCGAUCUCCCUGUAUUGAAGGUUCUUGGUGGAUCCAGCCUUCUGGAUGUGGUUGAAAUUUCGCUCGAGCAGGCAUCACCGAAGCUGCUUGCACAAACCAGCGGUGUUGAAGGCAUGCUAGAAGAUGGCAAUGUUUCCAGCGUGGAACGAAGCAAGCACCCUCAUGCGGAAAUCCUUACAGACCGUUCAACAGAAGGGUCGUGGUCACCCCCAAGCACCGGUCAGGUGGAGCAGUCCUCGUACAGAGACGACUCCAAAAUGACACCGCUGUCAACUCCGCAUUCAGAACAGUCGGAGAUGCACUUUCACCCGAUCAUCGAGAGAACAGAGAAGAUGUCAUUCACGCAGAGAAGAUUUUGGUUCAUGCACCACCAUCUAGCCGACCCGACUACGUUCAAUGUCACAUUCUCCCAUCAUCUAGAGGGAGAAAUGCACGUUGCGGACAUGGCCCAGGCCUUGGUAGCUUUAGGAGCAAAGCACGAAGGACUCCGUACAUGUUUCUUUGACACCAGGUCAGAAAACAGUCAGCCAAUUCAGGCAGUUCUUGCUCAGUCCCUCUUGCACCUUGAGCAUCGUCAUAUCGAAACAGCUGAUGUCGUCGACACAGAGUUCAAGAAACUCGUAAACCACGUCUACAACUUGGAGAAUGGAGACGUCAUGAAGGUUAUCCUGCUUACCCAUACCCCGAGGUCACAUUUCCUCAUUAUUGGAUACCACCACAUUGCUAUGGAUGGAAUUGGGUUUGCCGGCUUCCUGCAAGAAUUGAUGCAGAUUCGCACGGCAGCAUCUUCCCCUAUGCAGUAUCAGUACAUCGAUUAUUCCAACAAACAGCGACAGGCAUACGAGCAAGGCGACAUGGCAGGUGAGAUCGAAUUCUGGAGAAAGGAAAUUUCCAACCCACCGCCGCCAUUACCACUUCUGCCCUUCGCAAGAGCCAAGCAUCGUCGCGCCCUCAGGGAGUACUCGCACAGCACGAGUAGCUUCAGGCUAUCAUCGAUCGUCACGGCCAGGAUCAAGCGCAAGUGCCGCAGUUAUCAAGCUACAAGCUUUCAUUUCUACCUGGCUGUCUUGAAAACGAUGCUAUUCAAGAUGCUGGACUCGGACGACCUUUGCAUUGGCAUUGCGGAUUCAAAUCGGACCGACGGAGAUAUGCUGCGCACGAUGGGUGCAUUCUUGAACCCCCUGCCCUUGCGAUUUAGGCGCGACAUGAGGCAAUCCUUUGGUGACGCGGUGAGAACUGCCCGUCAAAAGGUGUAUUCUGCCAUGGAGCAUGCCAGGCUUCCGUUCGAUGUACUUCUCGACGAGCUGAAGAUUCCGCGCUCUGCCGACCAUUCCCCCCUUUUCCAAGUAUUUCUUGAAUUCCGGCAGGGCGUGCAAGAGCAGAUGGUGGUAGGAGACUGGCAGGUGCAGCGCACCCAUUGGGAUUACGGAAAGACACCAUACGAUAUCAUGCUAGACAUUAUCGAGAACACUAGCGGCGAGGCUGUGGUUUCUCUGAGCACGCAGAGAAGCUUGUACUCGCAAAAGGAUACAGACUUGCUUGGCCGAGUCUUCCAAAAUCUCUUAGACACGUUUGCAAGCAACCCGGCACAGCGAGUAGGAGACCCCCAGUUGUUUGCAAGGGCGGACAUCAACAAAGCCAUAACGGCAGGAAUCGGUCCACACGUACCCACCACCUGGCCUGCCAAUGUUGCCGAUUGCAUUGGGAUCAGCCUGUCUGCAGGUCCCGAUAAGAUAGCAUUGAAGAACGAAGGUGGUAUUGAACUCACCUAUCGUGAACUGUCCGAUCGUGCCGAUCGCAUUGCAGCUGCAGUAAAGCACGCAAACAUUCAGCAGGGUUCAAGAGUUGCUAUCUUUCUGGAGCCCGGUACAGAUCAGGUGGCUUCGAUGAUAGCAAUGUUCAGGUUGGGAACUGUAUACGUUCCCUUGGACCUCCGACAGCCGGUUACUAGACUGAAAUCUCUCCUCAAAGACUGCGAGCCAAGUGCAGUUCUAUAUCACGCCGCCACUUCGGGGACUGUUGGUUCUUUAUUGCCUUCUGACACUUCAAAGCUGCUCGACAUUUCGAGGGUGGAUGCAGCAAAACCAUCGCCAUCGUGCUUUGCUCCCGUCGGAGGGCACUCUCCAGCCAUGGUUCUCUAUACCAGCGGCUCAACAGGAGAGCCCAAAGGAAUUGUUAUAUCUCACAGUAACAUCUGUCACCAUCUUGAGAGCAUGAGCCAAACUUUGGGGUUCGGCGCAGAGGUUAUGUUGCAUCAAAGCUCCCCUACCUUCGACCUUGCCGUGAGUCAGGUUCUCAUGGCACUUUGUCACGGUGGAACGCUAGUUAUUGUACCCCAAGCGAAGCGGGGCGACGUUCUGGAAAUAACGAAGAUCAUGGCCGAGCAACGUGUGACGUCCACAGUUGCAACGCCAUCAGAAUACUCUGCAUGGCUCCGAUAUGGCUGCGUUCAUCUUGACUCGUGUCCAACUUGGACCUUAGCUCUGAGCGGAGGUGAACAAUUGACUUCCAGACUGAUUCAUGAGUUUGACGUCAUGCGGACCUGUUCUCCUCAGGUUGUCAACAUCUACGGGCCUGCAGAGAUCACUAUUUCAAGCAAUUGUCUAACAGUCCCCGGGGUGGAAACCGCUGGCGCCAUUCCUGUCGGACCUACCCUGCCUAAUUAUUCCAUUUGCAUCGUCGACCAGAACAUGGAGCCGCUGCCGAUCGGGAUGUCUGGCGAAAUUUGCAUUGGCGGAUGCGGUGUGACCCUUGGCUAUCUGAACAAUGACAGCCUUACCCAGCAGAAAUAUGUCACCAACCCAUUCGCGUCUGAAAGCUAUCGGGCUAGAGGGUGGACUCGAAUGGUGCGAACCGGUGAUCGCGGGCGGCUCUCCAACGACGGCUCUUUAGCCUUCGAGGGCCGCAUGGGUGAUGACUCGAUCGUCAAACUGCACGGCAUUCGAGUGGAGCUGGAGGACAUCGAGAUUAUGAUUCUCCGGCAAGCGGACGGAGGCAUCGACCAGGUCGUCGUUUCGGUGCGUGGUGAUCCACAGUUCUUGGUUGCUCACGUCAUUCUGUCUCGCACCCUCGCCGAUGUCGACCAGAGCGCAUUCCUCGAGGACCUGCGCUCCAGCCUCCCGUUGCCGCUGUAUAUGUGCCCGGCCAUACUCGUUUCUGUCACCGAGUUCCCUUUCAACGCGCACUUCAAGGCAGACCGUCUCGCUAUAGCCAAGCUACCUCUGCCAUCAACAGUUCCCCGAAGCCCCGGCACAGGAUUCGAUUUGACGGGCCUUCAAAAGCAGCUGAAGGAUCUCUGGGACGAAGUUCUUCCCCAGGAGCUCAUCGACAUUUCCGCUGCGCAUCCAGAUCUCAAUUUCUUCCAGGCCGGAGGAAAUUCUUUCCUUUUGCUCAAGAUUCAAGACUUGAUCAGAAAGCGCUUCCGGGUCACGCUAUCCCUUGCCGAUCUUUACGAGGCCAGUACUCUGGGGCGGGCCUCAAUCCAACACAUCACUCCAGCAGCGCCUGUCCAGAGUAGCCCCCGGCGCAACAACAAUGGCCUGGUGGUCGUGAUGACCGGCUCAACCGGGGCGCUAGGAUUCGAGCUCCUACGACAGCUGGUGGGUGAAGCACGAGUAUCCCGCAUCCAUUGCGUCGCCGUCCGUGAACCCAGUGGUGAUACCAAAUUUGAUGCUCGCCGGCCUCAACUUGACAUGGCCAACGUGUUUUACCACCAGGGUAAUCUGGCCGAUCCCGAUCUAGGACUCCCCAGGGAAACAUUUUGUCAACUUGCCGCCGAGGUAGACCUCAUCCUGCACAGCGGCGGGAACCGCUCUUUCUGGGACCGCUACCCAGCGUACCGUGGAGCCAAUGUCCAAUCCACCAAGACACUUGUGAGCAUGGCCCUGCCCCGGAAGGCCUCCAUUCGCUUUCUCUCGUCCGACGGGGUUUCAGUCAUGAUCGAAUCGCCCGCUACCGAUGGCACAAACGGAUAUGUCGCGUCAAAAUGGGUGAGCGAAAGGGUUCUCGAAACGACGGCGAAGAAAUUUGGCGUUCCCAUACACAUCCACCGCCCGAUGCCUGCUGUCUCAGAAAACCCAGCAGCUCAUGAAGAGGCCUUGGCUGAGCUUCGACGGGUCACCCAUGAUCAUCACAUCCGCAUACCGACCGAUCACGUCUGGGGUCAUAUCGACCUAUUUCAGGUGGACCAAUUAGCGGGAAAAGUACUUGGAGUCAUGUUUAGCGAACGCACGACCAUCAUGGACCUCGGCGUCGAAGGGGUCCGGGUUUCCCAACACCAUCAUCAUCCUCUGUCGUACAUUCACUAUCAGAGCCCAUUCCGACUCACGACCGAGGAUCUUCACAGUAUUUGGGAUGCGAAAGCUCCAGAUUCGCCCAAUACAAAAAACCCGAGCGGACCGGAGUGGAUUGGCGCCGUUACAGCGGCCGGUUUCCCGUAUAUCGUGUCGUCACAAGAUCUCCGCAUUAUUGGAAAGGACGAGGAUUACGUUCGAUUUGUGAGUCGGCGGGCGGCCGUUGUUGAAGGCGGCAUUAACCCAGGCUAUGAAAUUCGCGAUGCUGAUGUCCCGACGGACCUGGCAAGUCAUGCAAUAGGCUUAUGCCUCCGCGGUACUACGGUCUACGGCGCAAUUCUGGCCUUCGCGGCAAAAUCCGGGGAAUGGCUGAAUAUGGUGGGUAUCGACGGUCUGGAACACUUGGGCGUUCAGAACGCCAAAGCGCGAGGAUGCAAGGUCAUCGCUAUUGGCAAUCAAAUGGAAGCCAUGGACACAGCCUAA